UUACCCUUCCCAUCCCGAAUACAGACACAAGAAGAUUGUGUUAGGGUAUAGUUAGAGGAAAGUAAAUUCUCUUUCAUCGGAGACGAUCUCUGCAACUGAAAUAAGAAUUGAUUUGGAAAUUUUAUCGUACACUCAGAAUCACAUCCUUUUCUAAUUUGUCUUUGGUUUUAGCAUUUGUUUUUCUUUGUUUGCAGGUAACAAUGGCUACUGGUAAUUCAUCAUCCAAAAGAAAAUCGUCUUCUUCUCAUAAGAAGAAAUCCAGGAAGAGUUCAUCUGAGGUCAAGAAAAGGAGUAGGAGUCACAAAAGAAGUAAAUCGAAGAAGCUCCAUCAUCGCGAUGCUUCUCUUACCUAUUCUGAUGAUAGUUUGAGGUCUAAGGAUUCUGUGUCAGUUUCAUCUUCCGAUUCAGAAGUGGAAUACAAAAGGUCUAGGUCUCGUACUCGGAAGGAAGAAAAGGGGAGCAACAGAAAGAGGGUUCGAAGAGAUUCACUGAGCAAUGAAGAUAGCAGGGAAUCCGAAUCCCCAAAGAAGAAACAGAGGUCCAAAAGAAGCGAAGAUAGGAAAAGUUCUUCCCGAAGGAGGAAUAGUAGUAGUUAUAAGAGUUCGAAAAAGGAUAGAUCCGGAGAGAGGAAGAAAUCCAGCCAUAAGAAGCAUGCUAGUGGCCUGUCACGGAGAGGAAAGAGUGUGGAUUCCAUGCGCAGUAAUUCGAGAAGUUUGUCAAGUCCUCGAGGUGGGAGUAGCAGCGGUGGGGAGAGAGAAUUCGUGAAUUCAAGAGGGAGAUCUGAAGUUAAGGAGACAAAGAGUAAGAGAAAUUCGGGUAAGAUGAGUCACGGGAGGGAAGAUUUCAGGUCCAGAUCCAGGUCCAGGUCUAGGAGUUGUUCUUCAUUCAGUGGACACAGCCAAGAAAAUAGAUAUCGUGGUGAGGACAUAUAUUCAAAUGAUAAUUACCGUGGACGUAUUAGAUCAGUUGCCAUUGCAAGCGAAACAAAUGAAGUUGAUGGAGGAGAUUAUCUUAAGGAAGAGAACAAGGCUGAUAUUAUCCAGGCCUAUGAUGAUUGCCCUUCUUCUCGAAGCAAUGACAGUUUGGAUGGGGAUAGAAAGAAGAAUCCCUCAGAACAUGCAUAUGUUGACUUCAGAAAGAGAAGCAAAGAAGAUCCUAAAAUGUUUGAGACGGCCGUAGCAGUUGAUAAUUCAGAGGGUAAUGAGUCAAAGACUAUCGUAAGACAAAAAGCCAUUGAAAAGUUUGAGGCUUCCACUGGAAUUCAUAUACCAGAGGGAAAUGAUUUGGAGUCAGUUUUAAGAAAAAAGGCCUUGGAAAAGUUUGAGGCUUCCGCCGUAAGGAAAAGUCUGGAAGCCGAUGAUUUGGAGGCAAUUCUAAGGCAAAAAGCUUUAGAAAAUCUUAAGAAGUUUCGAGGGGGGCUUCAGGCAGACAAGAAAACAGUUGGUGACCAGAAGAUAGACGAGAGUGAGAAUGUUGCUAAUUAUCUAUCUAACGAAGAUACCUUUUCAACUAAUUUACACAUGGAAGCUGUUAAAGUUACUGAAUCCAAAGAAACAGCAUUGGAGGUUACAAAAAGUGCUACUAAGCCUUCAGCGGAAAAUAAGUCUGUUUCCUACUCUGCAGAAAGUGUAGGUGAUCAGGCAGACAAGAGUGACAGCGUUGCCAAUCGUCCAUCUACUGAGAAAGUUGAUGCUGUCACCAGAACUUAUUUGCACAAGGAAGCUGGUAAAGUUGCUGGACCAAAAGAAACAGUAUCGCGGGUUGCAAAAACUUCAAUGGAGAGUAAGUAUGCUACUUCUAAAGGUGAUAGUCAAAUUCCUGAUAAAAAUUAUAUCAAGCCUGAGUCUAGGGAUCAGACAAGUACUUCGUAUGUAGUACCUGGUGCUGCAAAUUCUUCUUUGAGCCAAAUGGUUGCUGGUAUAGCCACCCAAAAUAACAAUGCAAGUAUUGAACUUACUAUUAACAAGACCAAGCUAAAUACUUCUAGAACUAGGAUAGUCUCUCCUUCUGAUCACUCGAUUGAUAACCAAAAACCCAUCGCACAAAACUCCCCUGCCAUGAAAGUGGUUCAGCCAGAACAUAUUGAGAUUAAAAAAGUUGACGAGAUACCGAUACCCAGAGCUGCAGAUGUAGUUUCAAGUGCUUAUAUGGCAGAACACAGUGAAAACUGUGAAUCUAGUCCUCAUAAAGCUUCUUCUUGCAUUACUCCCAUGAGUGAGAAACAGGAGUCAAAAGAAUCAGGGGAUGUAACUAAGGGGAGUUCACAGUUUGAACAAAAGACAAUGUCUGUGAUGCAUGGGGGUGAAUUGGUACAGGUGAGUUACAAGGUUUACAUACCCAAUAAACCCCCGGCUUUGGCAAGGAGGAAACUUCAUCGGUGAAAACGCCUUCUUUUGUUCUAGUAAGAAGUAGGCAUUCUCGCAAGUUGCUCAAAUCUCUCAAAUCAGAAAGCAAUCCUACACUCAUGUUGAAAUCCAUAAAAUACACAAAAUAAACAGGCCAGUGCCACUUAAAUGCAUAAAACGUAUAAUAGGUCUUCUAUACAGCUUUAGGAUUCUCAAAUCUGGAAGACCUUUCUACCAAGUUCCUACAACCAUGAGUAUUAACUUUUUGAUCGUAUAGCACUUUCACUUUGCGUGGUUCCUUUCUUUUUUCUUCUUUACAGGUGGGGACUAAUUCAAGUUGACGAGAGCUUUCAUUCAAGAAACUUGCUAUGAUCAUUCUGAAUGAUUUUCUUCCCUUCACUUUUUUGUAGUUUUGUGCAAUUUCUAGGCAAGGAAACUGUAAAGUAAUCUUUUAAUUCAAGUUGCCAUUGAGCCAAGGGGCUCCGUUUGUCCUGUGUAGGCUGUAGCUUGUUGAUCACAUUAUCCAUCUUUUAAUAGUAUUUCCUGUCAUUCUCCCAA